AUGUUUCCAUGGCGAGCGUUUGUCUCCAUCGUCCUAGUAGCCUUCACAUUCGCCUUCUUAACAUCCGAUUUAAACAGUCGAAGAACUGCGCAUUCUUCAAAUCUUAAGCAGAGACGACAUGAUACCAGCGAAGUGCGGAAUGAGUUUGGGGCGCGACUACCUUUCUCAAGGGACCAGCAACAAUACGACAGCGGGCUUCACAAGCGAGAUGUGUGUAACGACACGUUCCCCGGGCGAUUCUCGCAGACAUGCGAGCCUUCGAAUACUUUGUGCUGUAUUAUUCCUGGAGCAAGUCGACCAGCACACACUGACUGCUUUGUGGAUACGGAUUCGACUUGCGACAGUAGCGGUUCGAAUCAAUGCGCACCUGGUCUAUGUUGCCCAGCUAACACAAAUUGCGUCGAUAACUUCAACUAUACUUCUUCUAACCUUGUGCGGUGUAAUGUCGAUCGAAGCCUAAUACCUGGAUUUUCUUCUUCGUCAUCUUCUCAAUCCGCGAGUCGAACCAGAACGGCGACGAAAUCGGCUUCUUCGACCGGAACUGCGGCUUCAGUGACGGUGGAACCGACAUCUGCAGUCCCAACAAGCAUAAGUCAAAACGAUAGCUCUGGAUUGGGUGGUGGGGCUAUCGCGGGUAUCGUUAUUGGGGCCCUAGCAGCGAUUGCCAUUGGCAUUGUCGUGGGAUGGUUUCUAUUCAGGAGGAAGAAUAAGGCGGCAGGAACGACACAGCUGGUGCCGUACAAUCCAUAUCCGCAACAUCCUCAGGAAAUGCCAGCAAGCCAGAUGUACGAAACACAGAAUGGAUAUUAUCCACAGCAGCCGCCGAAGGAGCGGUACGGGCACGUUGAAAUGCCCGGGGAGGGCCAAGUGCAAGAGCUCCCGUGA